ACGGCGCAACCGAAAAUGUCAGUGUCAGUGUCAUCGGACUCGUCAGACGAGUGUAUCAAAUAUGUCCAAAUUGUUAUUGCUGGCACAAAAAUUUAAUUGUUUCUACUUAACAGGUGCAAUAUUUCACUUUCUAAAAUUGAAGGAUUAGCAACUCGGGAUUGCAAGCCAUUCAUUGUUGAAGGAAUUCAAGUUGGUUUAAUUCGCCCUGAUGUUUUGCAGCAAUUACUGAAAUUUCCUGAGGUUAUGUGGAGCUCAAUCCAGCUUUCAGAAAUUAUGAAGAAAGAACAAUCAAAGUAGAUGAAGUCCUAAAGAAGCUACGUACUGAGCAGAAAUUUGUUACUUUAAAGGGAUGGAGAAAUGAAAUAAACGUGUUAAAGAACGCGUGAGAUAUGACAAGUCAUAACUCGUCGUUUACACAGAGGUACAAACCCUACAUUUUUGACCAGUACCGACAACCCGAGGGUGGCCAGCAAUGGGAACCGGCCCCGGAAAGCAUCCCACCCAUGGUCCCUGCACGAGGAAUAAAAAAAAACUUACAAAGCGAUACGUCCCCUCUAACACGUAGUGAAGACGCCCCCUGGAUAGCUCCUGGUGAGAUUCCAAUCAAUAAAAUGGAUAACAAUCUCAUGCAUGAUACCAAUUUACUGUUAAGAACCGAAAAUAACAUGAACAUCAAAAAUGAAGAUUUGCACGAUAGACGUGAUGUCAAUACUAAUUGCCUCAUAACCCCCCUGAGACUAAAUCCCAAAUAUAGUCAUAUGCCUUGGUUCCAUGGCAAAAUCUCUAGAGAAGAAGCUGAACGGGUAUUACUUCCUAGAACCGAUGGCUUAUUCCUCAUAAGAGAGUCGACUAAUUUCCCUGGAGACUAUACAUUAUGCGUUUGUUUCCAAAAUAAAGUAGAACAUUAUAGAAUUAAAACACAAGAUGGAAAGCACACCAUCGACGAUGAAGAAUUUUUCGAUAACUUAGAAAAACUGAUACAACAUUAUAAAAUGGAUGCCGAUGGUUUAUGUACACAACUGGUCAAACCGUUACAAGUUGACGAUUUAUGUAUAAUACCAGAGCAAGAACUGGAAAUUUGUGAGUCUAUUGGUAAAGGUGAAUUUGGUGAAGUUAUGUUAGGAAAAUGGAAGAAAAACAAGGUGGCAGUUAAAGUACUGAAAGAUUCUAGCGAAGCCGAGGCAAUUCUUAUGAAAUCCUUACACCAUGAAAAUCUGGUCAAUCUUUUAGGCAUUGUACGAAAGAAAGAUCUCCUGUAUUUAGUUACCGAAUUCAUGAGCAAAGGGAAUUUAGUGGACUAUUUGAGGUCAAGGGGAAGGUUGCAUGUUACCAGAAGAGACCAGAUCAACUUUGCUACAGACACAAGUGCUGGAAUGGAAUACCUUGAAAAGAUGCACGUCGUCCAUAGGGAUUUAGCAGCAAGAAAUGUAUUGAUCGCAGAAAAUGGAAUGGCGAAAGUAUCAGAUUUUGGCCUAGCAAGAGUAGAUGUCUAUGCUGCUUCAGAAUCUGCUAAACUUCCGAUAAAAUGGACUGCGCCGGAAGCUCUCAAAUAUAACAAAUUCUCGAAUAAGUCUGAUAUGUGGAGUUUUGGCAUUUUGUUAUGGGAAAUAUAUUCUUUUGGUAGAGUUCCUUAUCCAAGAAUACCUCUGGUUGAUGUGGUGAAGCAUGUAGAGAAGGGAUAUAAGAUGGAAGCUCCAGAAGGCUGUCCUCCUGAAGUUUAUGAUAUAAUGAGACAAGCUUGGGAUUUGAACCCUGAAAAUAGGCCGACUUUCCACACUGUUAAAGGUCAGUUAACUAUCUUGAAACAACAAACUUUAUGACUUUGAAAGUGCAAAAUAAGAAAGUGAUAAGACACUAAAAUCGUGGUGUGAUUGGUUUUCUCAAUCAUUAGUUUUAUUGAAGUGAAAAUGGUUAGUGUUAGGUAACCAUCAAGUUAUACACUUCACUUUUAUGCUAUGAAAUAUCCUGAAUGAAAAUGUUGCUGAUGUUUCAGAAAUAUUAAUAUUGAUUCCAAGAUGAAUACUCAGAUUUAAUAAGUCUUGUUCCAUAUUGAAGUACAAAUAUUAUUGUAUACUUGAAAUUUUCAGAUUAUUAUAUUGUGGCUCCUAACAUGUAUAUUUAAGGGUUAAAGUAUCGACAUUUCUGGUGAUAUUUUUUAUUUCUUAUUGAUAAAUAAGUACAAAUUUGAUGUCGAUCAUCACAUUAACAAAAUUUUAUGCAUACUGUUAUACUUUGAUGUAUGGAUAACAUGUUACUUAAUGAUUUCGUAUUAAAUGAAAUAUAUCUGUAUGUGUAAUAUAAUUUUACCUAAUAAUAAUAUUGAAUCUAAAAUUUUUUGAUGUUGAGAUGAAUUUUUCGGAGCAUCAGCAAUUUGUAAAUUCAUUUUUUACAUGUCAUAAAGCGAUAUGAAUAUUGUUUACACACAAAUAUCCAAAUAUCAAAUUUUUAAAACGUUUUAAAAUUCAAGGAUAUUUCAAACUGUCCAUUUCACCUUGCCGUAUUUUAAAGCUAUUUUUCUUCGUACGAAGAAGUAUAUUGGUUUUUCUAUACUUAAAAAAAUUUUAUGCAGAUUCUGAAAUCUUAAAAGUGAUUGUUCAAAUUAUUUUCAAAAAAUAUUCUCAAUUGAAAAGGAGUUAAAUUUUUUUUAGCAGAUAUUCAAAAGAAAAAAAAACUGAAUAUCAGUGGUAUCCAAUAUUUAACCUAUAGUAACAUUGAUUUUUGAUGUAGAAUGUUUGUGGUUGUUGAAAAAAAAUCCUUCAAAAGACCCAAAUUUAGAAAUUAUUGCUCGGAAUGGUGUUAAAAGUAUUUAUACUAUACAAUAGAUUAACAAGUUUUUUAUAUUGAUUUUCUGUUCCCAAACUAAAGGAAUAUUUUUUAAUUUUUUUAAAACUCAUCUAUAAAUGGUCGUUAUACAAGUUUGUCUCAAUUGGUGGAAAUAUUUAAGGGAUUGUAAAUUGUUUUUUGUUAUAUAUUGUGCUUAUUGUAAAAUGUUUUGUACAUUCAAUUUUUUUAAGAGAGUAUUUUUCGAAUAGUUCUAUUUAUGAUUUUGUCCCUUUUUGAUUUAUUUGACUGUGUGACUUUCUUUGCCUUUGUAUCUAAGCUGUUGUCCUUUUUCAUUAAGAAUAAAAUAAUAUAUUCCUUGAUCACCCUUA